AUGGAUGACCUCUAUGAUGAAUUCGGCAACUUUAUCGGCGAGGAGGCCGAUGCAUCAGAGGACGAGUCCCAGCAUGGCGUCGACGCGGGCAACUACGUCUACGACGACGAGUAUGCGGAGGAUGAGCAAGGAGCGGCCGGUCAGGAGCUAAUGGAGGUAGACGGUAUGGCGCCCCUUCGAGGCGCGACACAGGCUCAAUGCGUCUUGCUGACUUCCUCUACGACAGAUGGCCCAUCGAACGCCGUUGUGCUCCACGAAGACAAACAGUACUACCCGACCGCAGCGCAGGUAUAUGGAGAAGGCGUCGAGACACUCGUACAAGAGGAGGAUGCGCAACCCCUGACCGAGCCGAUCAUCGCCCCCGUGGAGCAGAAGAAGUUCACCGUGGAGGAGGCCGACCUACCGCCUGUCUUCUUCGACAGGAGCUUCAUGACAGACCUGAUGAACUUCCCAGAGCAGACGCGAAACGUUGCACUGGCAGGGCACCUCCACCACGGCAAGACGGCGCUCAUGGACAUGCUGGUGCUGGAAACCCAUGAUAUCAACGACCGCUUGGAGAAGCGCACUGGCAAGAAUCGUGACGAGCAGAUGAGAUACACCGACGUGCAUGUUAUCGAGAGGGACCGCGGCCUUUCCGUGAAAGCAUCACCUAUGAGCCUUGUGCUGCCGAGCACAAAAGGCAAAUCACACCUUAUCAACGUCAUCGACACUCCCGGUCAUGUGAACUUCGUGGACGAGGUUGCAGCAUCAUUACGACUGGUGGACGGUGUGUGCCUCGUGGUCGACGUCGUCGAAGGUGUCCAGGUCAACACAGAACAGAUAAUCAGGCACGCGGUUCUGGAAGAUUUACCCCUGACACUCAUCAUCAACAAGAUGGACCGUCUCAUCUUGGAGCUCAAGCUGCCACCAAAUGACGCAUAUUUCAAGCUCAAGCAUGUUGUAGAGGAGGUCAACACCGUCAUAGAGAAUACGGUCCCUGGGAGAGGAGAGGACAGGCGGCUGAGCCCUGAAAAGGGCAAUGUCCUCUUCGCUUGUGCCGAAAUGGGUUGGUGCUUCACACUGAAGUCGUUUGCGAAGAUGUACUCGGACAGCUUCGGUGGUGUCAACACGGAAGAGUUUGCCCGACGCUUGUGGGGUGACGUGUUCUUCAACCCAAGGAAACGCUCAUUCACCAGGAAGGCGGUUGAGGAAGGGGCGAAGAGGUCUUUCCUCAACUUUGUCUUGGAGCCGAUUUACAAGUUGUACUCGCACACCAUCAGCGAAAGCCCAGAAGAGCUCAAAGCUACUCUGGCGCCUCUCGGUAUAGCCCUGAAGCCGUCGCAGUACAAGUCAGAUGCCAAGGUACUCCUCAAAUUGGUAUGCGAGCAGUUCUUCGGUCCAUCUACAGCAUUCGUCGACAUGAUCGUUCAGCACAUUCCGUCCCCGGCUGAGGCAGCCGAGAGGCAUCUCGAACGGUACUACACGGGUCCACUGGACAGCAAGGUUGCAGAGUCUAUGAAGACGUGUGAUCAGAACGGUCCACUGGUUGUGCACGUUACGAAACUGUUCAACUCCUCUGAUGCCAAGAGCUUCUACUCCCUGGGUCGUGUAAUGAGCGGCAUCGCUCGUCCGGGAGCAGAGGUUCGUGUUUUGGGAGAGGGUUAUUCAUUAGAUGACGAGGAAGACAUGGCUAUGGCACGGGUAUCAGACGUCUGGAUCGCAGAGACAAGAUACAAUAUUCCAGUGGAUGGCGUACCAGCAGGCAGCUGGGUGCUCCUCGGUGGCGUUGACAACUCCAUUGUCAAGUCUGCCACCAUCGUCGACAAGCAAUUCGAAGACGACGAAGACGCAUACAUCUUCAAACCUGUCACUCAUUUCACUGAGUCAGUCUUGAAGAUCGCAGUCGAGCCAAUAAACCCUUCAGAACUUCCGAAGAUGCUUGACGGCAUACGGAAAAUCAACAAGAGCUACCCGUUGAUCAACACUAAGGUGGAGGAGUCUGGCGAGCACAUUAUUCUGGGCACGGGUGAGCUCUACAUGGAUUGCGUGCUGCACGACUUGCGGCGCUUGUACGCAGACAUGGAGAUCAAAGUCUCUGAUCCUGUCACUCGAUUCUGUGAGACGGUUGUUGAACAAUCACGGACCAAAUGCUACGCCAUAACACCCAACAAGAAGAACAAAAUCACAAUGGUGGCUGAGCCGCUGGAGGACGGCAUCGCACGGGACAUCGAGUUAGGCGCCGUCAGCAUCAAGGAACCAAUCCGCAAAAUCGCCAAGUACUUUGAAGACAAGUACGAGUGGGACAAGUUGGCAGCCCGCAGCAUAUGGGCAUUUGGUCCGGAUGAGAUGGGCCCAAAUAUCUUGCAAGAUGAUACUCUCCCUGGUGAGGUGGACAAACGACUCCUUAACACAGUAAAAGAGCCAAUCCGUCAAGGGUUUAGUUGGGCCACUCGAGAAGGUCCACUCUGUGAAGAACCCAUCCGCAACACAAAAUUCAAGAUUACAGACAUAUCACUGGCUGACGAGGCGAUUUUCCGGGGAGGCGGGCAGGUCAUCCCCACUUCCCGAAGAGCUUGCUAUUCGUCAUUUCUCAUGGCGUCCCCCCGCCUGAUGGAGCCCAUGUACUCAGUGUCGAUGACAGGAAGCCAGGACGCAGUGUCGUCCCUUUACACGGUCCUGGCAAGGCGGCGGGGACACGUGCUGCAAGACGGGCCGAUCGUGGGCACCCCGUUGUAUCGUGUGAGCGGGCUGAUACCCGUGAUCGACUCGUUCGGCUUCGAGACCGAUCUGCGGAUCAACACAGAGGGCGCCAUGCUGUCUUUGGUAUUCGACAGAUGGAGCAUCGUGCCGGGCGACCCCCUCGAUAGGGACAUUGUCAUUAGGCCCCUGCAGCCCGCCAGUGCGCAGGCGACGGCCCGCGAUUUCGUGCUCAAGACGCGCAGGAGGAAGGGCCUUAGUGAGGAUGUAUCCGUUGCCAAAUUCUUAGAGCCCGAGUUCUACCAAGAUCUCAUCGAGGGCGGUACUCUGGGGGAGAUCUAA